AUGGAUUCGUACCGGCCAGGCGGCGAGAGUCGUCGCACGCACACCGAUAUCGAUUCUUACCGCCCCGGCAGAAGCGACAACAAUGCCUCAUUGCCCUGGCCGCCCGCCGAUUCAAGCGGUGGAAUGUAUUUUUUCCAGGGCAAUCGCGAUCAAAACAACAGAAACGAAACCUCAGACCGAGCACGACCCAGGAAUACUAAUGCGCGAAAUGAGGCGAUGCGCAGAGAUCAUUAUCGCAGACCUCCCCCGCCUAGGACCGCAGCCAACCGGCCACUGUUCCGACUUAAGCAUGACGAUGCCGAAAAUGCCUCUCUGUUGGAUCCCCACGCAGAAUCUAGGUUCCGCAACCUUGAAGAGAUGACCGACAGUGACGAAGAGGCAAUGGCUCUGUCCGAAGAUGGGGAGCAGGAGAGAAAUACAAAGCGUGCUCGCAUAGAUGAGCCAGACUUCGCCGCGGAGGCUACUGUCCCAAAAUGGUCAAAUCCGGAUCCUUAUACCUCUCUUCCUCCGCUAGCUGCAGGGGAGACUACUGCGAAGCGCACCGACGUCCUUAGACUCAUACGGAAGGCGCGGAUUGAUUCUUCCCGAAGCCAGACUGCUGCUAGCGCAGAUGACUUCAUCUCCUUCGAUAUGGAUGAAUCUGAUGCUGAAGACUCAGCACCGCUAUCAUUCUCGCCUCCAUCUCCACCAUCCGACGCAGCAAUGCGCGUGGAAACGUCGAAAGAGGACGACGUUCUGCCAGAAGAUAGAGUCCUUGGAAAACGAAAGAGAGGACAGACUGUGGGAAGUCAAAUACCAGGGAAGAGAUCACACAGCAAGGUCUACGGAGACUCAUUGGUGCAAAAGCGGUGGGCAGUUGUCCAAGGCAUAGACUCGGCACCUUGGGUGACUAUGUCUGACGGGAUUGAUAUUCCUGGCAUCGCUCUACACAAGGAAAUCAUCGACUUCUAUAAUUGGGUCAAGCCGAAGGACUACGAGGAGCAAGUUCGGCGGAGUGUCUUCCAACGCCUCAGUGCCGAGCUCCGAAAAUGCAUGCCCGGGGAGCUUAAAGCAUUUGGAUCCUAUGCAGCUGGACUUUAUCUGCCCACAAGUGACAUGGACCUCGUCUAUUUCACGCGUAGCUACAGACCCGGACGGCUUCCAACGCGAGAAGAUGGUCGAAGGCUUUUGCCACACUUCUCUAAAUUUCUUCGAACCAACAACAUUGCAAAGCCUGGAUCACUCGUCGUUAUUAGUGGCGCAAAGGUACCCAUUAUCAAGUUCGUUGAUAGAAUCAGCGGCCUGAAGGUUGACUUGUCUUUCGACAACGAUUCUGGCAUCGUUGCGAUCGACACAUUCCAACAGUGGAAGAAACAAUACCCUGCGAUGCCAGUUAUUGUGGCCAUUGUUAAACAGUUUCUCAUGAUUCGAGGACUUAACGACGUGGCUACAGGUGGCUUGGGUGGGUUCUCUACUAUAUGUCUGGUCACAAGCCUCCUUCAACAUAUGCCGGCGACAAAACGACGUACGAAUCUAGGCGAAGUCCUACUCGAGUUCUUCAAUCUUUACGGUAACGUUUUUGACAAAGAUGCUGUGGCGAUCCGACUUGAUCCUCCUGGAUAUGUCGAUAAGAGUUCUUAUAUGCCCCACGUCUUCAACGAUAAAGAUGGCCGCUUGACCAUUGUCGAUCCAAAUCGCCCAGACAACAAUAUUUCCGGCGGCACACGGUUGAUCGACAACAUAAUAGACUGCUUUUCUGCAGCUCACCAAACCCUCGUGAGCCGACUCAGUGCCUAUGAAGAGCGAAGUUUACAGGGACAGCCCCACAGCUUGUUAGAAUGCCUUAUUGGUGGCAACUUUACCACAUAUGACACUCAAAGACAGACGUUGUUCAAUCUCUCCACAGCUGGUCUUAAUGCGCCAUCCCGGUCCGCUCCUGCGCUACCGAUACUCACCAGCACUAUUGCCAUCGGCAACCGCGAAUCUGCACAAGCCCCGCCUCCUUCAAAGAAAGCCAAAACUAAGCAGACCCGUGCUGGAAAGGAACAGUCCGGCACGAAGCUAGAUGAAGAAUGGGGACUCCAGUUCCUCCAGCGAGAGUUCACAACACCAAAGCAAGAAACUCACUAG